CUCGUAACAGCAAUCCUAACAGCGCUCGGCGCCGCCCUCGCGAGCCAGCCUCUUAGUAUCCUCCUUCUCAGCGUACUCGGUUGGCAAACCCCCGGCAUCGCCGCCGGAUCCGUCGCAGCUGCACUCCAGUCGGCCACCUACGGUGCGAAAACGGGCGGCGUGUUCUCGCUACUGCAGUCCGCCGGCGCUCUGUCGACUGGUGUCGCUGUGAAAUUACCGUCUCUUCUUGGCGGAGCGGUGCUGAUGGGCGCGGCGCUGGCGCUAUGG